CACUAAGGGGCAGUGGAGUAAUGAGGAAACGGCGGAAAUGCAACCUGAAAGCUAAUGCUAACAAGGUGGUUUACGUGUUGACGACGAUUUUCUGUUUUUUUUCUUACAAUCGUGAGUAUGUGUAGUUGUUAUGAUCUUCCAAAGAUGUACUAUAUUGGUUAACAGGCGAAUUAUAUCACUCAAGCUUAACCCACAUUUUAUGAUAACAAGGGCAAUCAUCACCCACCACCACUACCACUAUAAUUUUAUAUGCUAGCUAAAGCCUAGCCUCGACAAGACAGAAAGAAUCGCAGUUGCAAAUAACGCAAUGGCCCUCAAGUCAGGAGAGGAACGUAUGAAGGAGAUGGAGGCAGAGAUGGCUCUGUUUGAGCAAGAGGUUCUAGGUGGACCUGUGCCACUAUCAGGAAACCCACCCGUCAUGGAGGCUCUGCCAGUAGCUUUGGCUGUCACAGCGCUCCCUGUAGUUCGACCAAUCAUAGGCACCAACACCUACAGACAGGUCCAGCAAACACUAGAGGCAAGAGGGGCUUUUGUUGGACCACCACCGACCUUUGUUGGACCAGUUCCUCCGGUACGUGCUUCCCCUCCUCCAACAAUGAGACCAGCCUUCGUUCCCCAUAUUUUACAGAGACCUGGCGGUCCGAGGCUCCAUAUGAUGCGCGGGCCUCCAGUAGCCCCUCCUCUGCCGCGGCCUCCUCCACCUCCACCCAUGAUGAUCCCACCUUCCACGCCUCAGGGCGUUUCUCCGCCUGUCCAGCACAUGACCUCUCCACCUCCCGUCAGCGAGGUGAUGUCCAUGGUGCCCUCGCCACCUACCAGAACAGCAGUCCAGACUUCCAUCAAGCAGCCAACAGUCUUCCAAGCGGCUCCCACCGUAUACUCUGCCCCGCCUAUCACUGUUGCGCCCCGAAAAAAUGACGUGAGGGCUCAGCGGCAAGCCAGAAUGGAGGAGCUGGCGGCUCGGGUUGCUGAGCAACAGGCAGCCGUGGUGGCGGCGGGCCUGCUGGAGAAGAAGGAAAGCGAAGACAGUGGCGCUGUCAUCGGACCCAGCAUGAUGCCCGAGCGUGAGCCUGUACGCCCGGAGCCUGUGGAAACGUCUUCAGAAGACAAGAAGGGCAAGCCGAAGUCCGACAAGGUGAAGAAAUGUAUUCGAACAGCGGCGGGGACUUCCUGGGAGGACGCCAGCCUGUUGGAGUGGGAAGCAGAUGACUUCCGUAUCUUCUGCGGGGACCUUGGGAAUGAGGUCAAUGACGACAUACUGGCCAGAGCCUUCAGCAGGUAUCCGUCUUUCCUCAAAGCAAAGGUGGUGAGAGACAAGCGCACAGGAAAAACGAAAGGCUACGGAUUUGUCAGCUUCAAAGAUCCAAAUGAUUACGUGCGAGCCAUGAGGGAAAUGAACGGGAAGUAUGUUGGCAGCCGUCCCAUCAAACUGAGGAAAAGCAUGUGGAAGGACCGCAACAUGGAGGUCGUACGAAAAAAGCAGAGAGAGAAGAAGAAGCUGGGCCUGAGAUAAAUAGCUUUGCAUACACCACUAAAACUUGCCGCAAAUGGACUAUGAUGCAUUUCCCACCCCCACUUCUCUUUUUAAAUAAAGUCAAAUCUUUAUGA